AACACGGAAGCAACAUGGCGUCAGACAGCGACAGCACCAAGCGGCAAAGAUCUGCAGAGCAAAGACUGAGAAUCAUAGCAGGUCACCUACAGAAACCAGACACCGAUGGACACACGGGGAUUGCUGCACAAGGCUGUAAGGCUGAGACGGCCCAGCCGAAAUCUGUCAAGGCUAAUACGUUGCCUCAGAGAAGGCAGGAGGUUUUGAAAUGGAACGGAUGGGGCUACAGUGAUUCCCGAUUCCUCUUGAAUAAGAAGGGCCAAGCAGAGUUCACAGGCAAAAGGUAUCCACUGAGUGGUAUGAUCCUGCCCAGUUUAAAAAAUUGGUUUGAAGGAACCUUUGGAGCCAGUGAGCAGCACAGAUCUCCAGCUGUUCCUGUGCUGAAUGCCAGUGCCGUGCCUGUGCCCAAUCUGAACCAGGCCUUUAUGGAAGAGCUCAAAGCCCUGGGCGUCACUCUCUCUCAGGAGCCGGACGACCGGGUCUUCCGCAGUCAUGGGCAUUGUCUACAUGAAAUCUUUGCUCUCCGAGAGGGUAGGAUUGGAAAAGUCCCGGAUUUGGUGGUAUGGCCAAGUUGCCAUGACGACGUGGUGAAGAUUGUGGAGUUGGCGUGCAAGCACGAUGUCUGUCUGAUACCGUUCGGAGGAGGGACGAGUGUGUCCGGUGCUCUAGAGUGCCCCCCAGAGGAGACACGCUCCAUUGUCUCCUUAGACACAUCUCAAAUGAACCGUAUAUUGUGGAUUGAUGAGAAGAACCUCAUGGCCCAUGUGGAAUGUGGCAUCAUUGGACAGGACCUAGAGAAACAGUUGAAUGAGAGAGGUUACUGUGUAGGUCAUGAACCAGACUCCAUGGAGUUCAGUUCUCUGGGAGGAUGGGUCGCCACCCGAGCCUCUGGCAUCAAGAAGAACGGUUAUGGAAACAUUGAAGACCUGGUUGUCCAUAUUAGGAUGGUGAGUCCGCGGGGUGUGAUUGAGAAGGGCUGUCAGGGACCACGCAUGUCCACGGGACCCGAUAUUCACCACUUCAUCCUGGGCUCAGAGGGUACUUUGGGUGUCGUUACCGAGGUAACGAUCAAGAUUCGCCCCAUUCCGGAGUACCAGAAAUACGGCUCCAUCGUCUUUCCAACCUUCCAGCAGGGCGUGGCCUGCCUGAGAGAGGUAGCCAGACAGAGAUGUGCGCCUGCAUCUAUUCGUUUGGUGGACAAUGACCAGUUUCAGUUUGGCCACGCUCUCAAACCCCAAGUCUCCUCCAUAUUCACCUCUUUCCUGGAGAGAUUGAAAAAGUUCUACAUCACAAAGUUCAAAGGCUUUGAUCCCCAGCACUUGUGUGUUGCCACCCUGCUGUUUGAGGGAGAUCGUGAAAAAGUCCUGCAGCACGAGAAGCAGGUUUACGACAUCGCCGCCACGUUCGGUGGACUGCCGGGGGGAGAGGACAACGGUCACAGGGGCUACAUGCUAACGUUUGUCAUCGCGUAUCUCCGGGAUUUGGGGAUGGAUUACUUUGUGAUUGGAGAGUCAUUUGAAACAUCGGUGCCUUGGGACAGGGUCCUGGAUCUGUGUAGGAAUGUGAAAGAGCGAAUUUUAAAGGAGUGCAACGCUAAAGGAGUGCAGUUUCCACCUUUCUCCACAUGCAGAGUGACACAGACAUAUGACACGGGUGCCUGUGUUUAUUUCUACUUUGCUUUCAACUACAGAGGUCUGAGUGACCCCGUGCAUGUGUAUGAGCAAGUAGAGCGUGCUGCCAGAGAGGAAAUCCUGGCCAACGGAGGAAGCCUGUCACAUCAUCAUGGAGUUGGGAAAAUUCGGAAGCAGUGGAUGAAGGAAACCAUUUCCGACGUCGGCGUGGGAAUGCUGAAGUCUGUGAAGGAGUACAUUGACCCAAACAACAUUUUUGGAAAUCGAAAUCUCCUCUGAUUGACUAACACUUUUACACUAAAUUAAACUGCAUUUGUUCUUCUAACAGCCUCUCGAGAGAAAUAAUCAUUCUUGCUUAUGCCUUUGGUCAUUACUCUGAAUGAAAUCUGUG